AUGGGAGGGCAGCGAAUCCUUGUCUUCACCAUGGCCGACUGGUCCAAUCUUCACCAAGAUGUCCUAAACCUCAUCGUCUCUGAGCUCUCCCUACACGAUCUCCUCUGUUGCACCAUUGUAUGUGGCACAUGGUUACGCACCAUCCGUGAUCUUCGUCGAUACUGCUCCAAGCUUUGCCACCAAAGCCCUUGGCUCGCAUUUAGUGGUAGCCAUGAUGACAUAGGUAGUGCCAUUGAUGACCCCUCCGCUGCCCACUUCUUUAGCCUCUCAGAGCAGAAGGUGUACACCAUCCCCCUCCCACAACCUCCGAUUCGUAAUCGCCUCUUUUUGGGUUCCUCCUAUGGGUGGCUGAUCACCAUCGAUGAGUGUUUCAAGGUGCAACUAUUGAACCCCAUCAAUGGUGCACAGAUCAACAUCCCCUUCAUCCUCACACUCGAUAACAUCGGAUCCUUCUGCGACCGAUGGGGGCGCAUAAGAGGCGACGCCAAUAACAUCAUUCAUAACCAAUAUCCAGGGGAAGAGAUUCCUAUGCUCAACUUCAAGGCCAUGCUAUCGUCAGACCCCUCACGAGGAGACUAUAUUGUUACACUCAUCCACUACCCCUAUGGGGGCAUCUCCAUUACUAGAUCUAAUGACAAUAAGUGGACGACGAUGCCAUUGCCUGAUCUCUAUGAAGAUGCCAUCUUCUAUAAGGACCAACUCUAUGCGACAUUUUAUGGAAGGAUAGACAUUUGGGAUGACCUCGAUCAAGAGUGGAAGAUGGUGGUGCCUGAGUCGGAGGUGGAUGAAAUUUACCCCUUCCACUUUCCAUUUUGGUUGCUGGUGAAGAAUUUGGGAGAAUAUGCGCUCUUUUUAUGCAACAACCAAUCUCUUUGUCUCUCUUGUAAAGACUUUCCUGAGUUGAAACCAAACCACAUCUAUUUCACUAAUGACUUCUGGUGGUCGAAUAAUGAUCGGUGGUGGAAAAAUCACCAUGUAAAGAAAUGCCGGGAUCUAAUCGUCUAUGACUUGGAGAACGAAACCCUCUCAUAUAUUUUGCACUCUGAUGCUCGUCUAAAUAUGCCACCUCCUAUUUGGAUCACUCCCAGUCCUCUGCUUAAUGACUGA